GGUCAGUGGAAUCCAGUUCACCAGUGACCAACGAGCAGCUCUGAGAGACGCAGCAUCAACCAACAACUAUGGUCAGCCGAUUUGAACAUCCAGCUGGAGGCUACAGAAAGAUCUUUGAAACAUGUGAAGAGCUGUCAGAGCCACUUCCAGCCACAGUCACUGGUCGGAUUCCCUCGUUUCUCAAGGGCAGUCUGCUGCGUCUGGGGCCGGGGCUGUUUGAAGUCGGGGAUGAGCCCUUCUAUCACCUGUUUGACGGACAGGCACUCAUGCACAAGUUUGACUUCAAGAACGGCCAGGUCACCUAUUUCAGAAAGUAUGUGAAAACAGACGCUUAUGUCAGAGCCAUCACUGAGAAGCGUGUGGUGAUCACUGAGUUUGGGACGUUUGCUUACCCAGAUCCCUGCAAAAAUAUUUUCUCCAGGUUUUUCUCCUACUUCAAGGGUGUGGAGGUGACAGACAACUGCCUGGUGAAUGUGUACCCCAUCGGAGAGGACUACUACGCUGUGACAGAAACAAACUACAUCACUAAAGUCGACACAGAUACUCUGGACACACUCAAGAAGGUCGAUAUGUGCAACUAUGUCAACAUCAAUGGAGUGACUGCCCACCCUCACAUCGAGAGAGAUGGUACAGUCUGGAACAUCGGGAACUGCAUGGGCAAAGGAGCCACACUGGCCUACAACAUAGUCAGGAUCCCACCAACACAGAAAGAUAAGUCUGAUCCAAUUGAGAAGUCAAAGGUGUGGGUGCAAUUCCCCAGUCAUGAGCGAUUCAAGCCUUCCUAUGUCCACAGUUUUGGAAUGUCGGAGAACUACUUUGUGUUUGUGGAGACUCCAGUGAAAAUCAACCUGCUGAAGUUCUUGAGCGCAUGGAGCAUCCGAGGGUCUAACUACAUGGACUGUUUCGAGUCCAAUGAAAGCCAAGGAACGCUGUUCCACAUUGCCAGAAAAGAGCCAGCGGAGUACAUUGAUCUGAAGUUCAAAGGAGCGCCCAUUGGCAUGUUCCACCACAUUAACACAUAUGAAGAUCAGGGCUUUGUAGUGGUCGAUCUUUGCGCGUGGAAAGGCUUUGAGUUUGUUUACAACUACCUAUGGCUGGCCAACCUGCGAGCCAACUGGGACGAGGUGAAGAAGGCGGCCAUGAUGGCGCCUCAGCCUGAAGUGCGCCGAUAUGUGAUUCCACUGGAUGUGCACAAGGAGGAGCAAGGAAAGAAUUUGGUGAGCCUGCCCUACACCACAGCUACAGCCACUAUGCACGCUGACGGCAUGAUCUGGCUGGAGCCUGAAGUGUUGUUCUCUGGCCCACGGCAGGCUUUUGAGUUCCCUCAGAUCAACUAUGAAAAGUUUGCAGGAAAGAACUACACAUACGCUUAUGGCCUGGGUCUCAACCACUUUGUACCAGACAGAAUUGUCAAGCUGAAUGUGAAGACCAAGGAGACCUGGGUUUGGCAAGAGCCGGACUCGUACCCCUCAGAGCCCCUGUUUGUUCAGACUCCUGAAGGAGUGGACGAGGAUGAUGGUAUUCUGCUGACCAUUGUGGUGAACCCAGGUGCUCAGAGGCCUGGUUACCUCCUGAUCCUGAACGCCAAGGACCUGUCUGAGAUCGCCCGAGCUGAGGUGGAGUGUACCUUCCCAGUCACCUUCCACGGGAUGUACAAACCCUGAAAUCAGACCUGUCGACAGAAAUUUGGGGGCCCGGGGCAAGAAGCCUCACAUGAAUCCCCCUCUAAUAUAAAUGAAUAGGAAGAGGGUCCAGUUCUAGGCCCGUAAGA